AUGCUUAUUGCAGGUCGUGCAGUUCAAGGAGCAGGGGGAGGUGGACUGGUACUGUUGGUGAACAUCACCAUUAGUGAUAUUGUUAAGAGCGAUGGAAAUACUUUGGUUAUUGGAAUGGUCUGGGCCGUUACAUCUGCCGUUGGCCCAAUAACUGGCGGUGCUUUAGCUGAAAAGGUCUCGUGGCGAUGGUGCUGCCUUUCUCGUGCUUCUCCUAUUCCUCAAGCUCUCAUCUUAGCAGCCUUUUCAAUCCUAACCGGAAAUAUCAUAAAGUGGACCGGUCGAUACCUCGGACUAGUGAUUGGAGAUCUCCCCGCCGAAAAGAGCUGGCCACGCAAUAUGAUCUUCCAGGUCAUUGCAGCAAUCGGCCUCGGGCCAAACUUCCAGGCACCGCUUAUUGCCCUGCAAACACAGGUCGACCCAGCCGAUAUGGCGACUGCAACAGCGACCUUCGGGUUUGUUCGGAAUCUCAGCUCUGCUAUGAGUGUUGUUAUUGGUGGCCUGAUAAUACAGAAUCGCGGCCGGUAUCCCGGCAUUGAUGAUCAAUAUGUUGAGCUUGGCAGGAUUGUCAGAAAGCAGUUCUGUGACGAAUGUGACUUGACUGAUUCGCAGCGCCAGCUAGUUCGUGAGAAGGUCGCUCUUAGUCUCUCCCGAAUGUGGAUUUUGUAUUGUCUACUCCUGUUUGUUGGCUUACUGGCUAGCUUGAAGAUUGGUCAUCAAGAGUUGUCCAACAGGCUUUAUGAGCAUAAGACUGGUUUGAGGGAUUCGAAGGAGGAACAGAUUCAUCCAGCAAAUGGGCGUACUCAAGAUAAUGGUAUGGCUGGAGAUGUUUAG